AUGAAUGAUCAUUUGUUUUCCUACAGCGUUAAUAGGACCAGUCUCUGUGGGAGUGGACGCCAUGCCAUGCACAUGCGAUUCUACUCUAAAGGAGUAAUAACCAAGAACUCCGGUUGCGAAGACGAACACAUAGUAUGCGUGUACAUAUUUGUCAAUCUACUGGGCCACGGUCAACGUGACACCAAAUGGGCAACAGCAAGGACUUAUUUUGCUGUCAGCUUCUUUGAACUGCAUACUGAACCACUUGAGAAAAUUAACAAAAUUUUGGAAGAUGAAUGCAACGAGGAAUGUAAGAAGGUAUCGGAAGAGAAGAUGAGCUAUCGCUGGGCCACGGUCAACGUGACACCAAAUGUGCAGCAGCAAGGACUUAUUUUGCUGUCAGCUUCUUUGAACUGCAUACUGAACCGCUUGAGAAAACUUCGUAAGAUGAACGCAUCGAGAAUAGAAAUAUACCUAUUUGAGAUGUAUUGCCUAUUUGACGGUUUGGCCGUGCUGAUUGCCCCUAUGCGGUUCAAUUCUUUAAGCGCUAUUUUAAUGGUGGCUUCUUCCUUGAAAGACCAUUUAGGCUCUUUUGGAAGGCAUCGUUGGACUGGCUUCUGCGAUAGAGCUAUGCUUACCUUAUCUAAUGUCUUGGUUCCUGGUUUUGAGUUUGUAGCUGUUCUGACUCCUCUGGUUCAGUCGACGUGGUGGCUCUCGACGUGGUUUGUAGCGGUUCGUGGAGUAACUGGGGCUCUGGUGUUGGUGUCUGCCUCGACGUGCCCCCUACUGAUACCGAGGCAGACUCUGGUAGUUUAA